CUGAGAGUUAUCAGCUUCCAGUUCUCGCAUUUGUACUCUUCCCACAAGUGAAAACUCAUGAUAGCAAGCAUUUUCUACUCCACCUUCUUCACGAAGUAUCUCUGGAUAUGUGCAGGCCUCACGGCUGGUUUCCUCGUCGUGCAUGUGGUACCGUACUUGCUCGACAAGCAUCAUAUUAGGAGAAAUGGCAUUACUGGCCCCUUCCUCGCUAUGUUUUCGGAUGCCUGGCUCGGAUGGGUAGCCGCACAGGGACGCCGUGCCGAAGUGGUUCACGAGAAACAUAAGAAAUAUGGUAAAUUUGUGCGACUGGCACCCAACCAUGUUUCCAUUGCUGAUCCAGAAGCGAUUGGCGAUAUAUAUGGGCACGGAAAUGGAACACUGAAAACAGACUUUUACGAUGCUUUUAUUUCCAUCGGUGUCACUGUCUUCACUACCCGCUCACGAGAAGAACACACGAGAAAACGCAAGGUCAUAUCACACGGCUUCUCUCAGAAAAGCGUGUCGGAAUUCGAGCCGUACAUCCGCCUCCAUGUCUCUGAACUCUUCGAACAAUGGGAUGAGCUAUACGAUGGUGGUAGAAAGGGACUCACAGGCGUCGAAGGUGAGGGAGGCUGGAAGGGACACGAUGGACGUGUGUGGUUCAAUGCUAUGCCUUGGUGCAACUAUCUGGCGUUUGAUAUCAUUAGUGACCUAGCUUUUGCACUUCCAUUUGGUAUGCUACGUAAUGCGAAGGAUGCUGCACUGACAGCUGUAGACCAGAAGGCGGCAAUGUCCGAGAAUGGUCAAGUAAAUACAGAUAUGCAGGACAUAGAGAAGCCAGUUGUAGCCGUUAGGGAAGUUCCUGCAGUGAAGGUACUAAAUGGUCGAAGCGAGUAUUCUGCUUCGAUGGGCGUCCUUCCUCCAUGGUGGCGUCCGAUUGUGCGCCUCCUGCCCUGGUAUGCGGAUGGUAGCCAGGAUGUAGAAGACCUGGCGGGUCUCGCAGUUGCAGCCGUCGCGAAAAGGCUGGCGAUCCCGACGGACAGGACAGAUUUACUGAGUAAACUCCAGCAAGGUCGACACGAGGACGGGAGGCCGCUGAAUCGUGAGGAACUCACUGCUGAUGCUCUGACACAGCUCAUAGCUGGGUCUGAUACGACGGCAAACUCGUCAUGUGCUGUUUUGUACCAUAUUAUCUCCAGUCCUCGUGUGCAGGCUAAACUGCAGAAAGAACUCGAUGAAGCGCUUGCUUCAUUGGAUGACCCUGUGGCGAGCUACGAUCUGGUCAAGCACUUGCCAUACCUCGAUGCUGUGAUUCAUGAAGGACUUCGCGUGCACUCAACGUCAGGUAAUGGACUUCCUCGCCUCGUUCCUGAGGGCGGACUCACUGUCUGCGGAAAGUGGUUCCCUGCAGGCACAGUCCUCAGCGCUCCAACAUAUACGAUUCAUCGCGAUCCCAAGGUGUGGGGAGAGGAUGCCGAUGUCUUCCGUCCCGAGAGGUGGCUUGAACGCGGCCAAGCUACUUUGCUGAAGGCAUUCAAUACGUUUUCAUAUGGACCGAGAGCAUGCAUCGGACGCAACGUUGCGACAAUGGAACUGUUUAUUAUCGUCUCUUCCAUUUUCCGUCGCUAUGAAUUUGUCCUUGAAGAACCGCACAAGCCACUCGAGGUACACGAAGGAUUCAUACGAAAGCCGAUGGCGUGUCGAGUUGGCAUGAAACGUCGCAACGUCUGACGUUGACUUAAGUAUCCGAUCAGAACGAUGGUUAGGCAAUCCGUGUGUCGAGUUUACCCGAUGAAUCAGGAUAAGUCCUUGUAAACAGUGAAGUAGUUUUGUCCAAGUGUGCAUAUUAAUAAC